CUUGUAAAGAUGCCUUUUCUCUCCCAGCUCGUAUUCUUUCACCUCUUGCAUCUGCUGAGGGAGUUACCUUUCCCUUAUUUCAUUUCACUGUUUUUUUUCUUGCUUAUUUGUAAAUAUAUAUAACAUUCUAUGAAUCUUUUGAAGGGAACAGUUGGGCACUUGGAUUCAUUGGUUCCUCUUUCCCUCUCUCUGUAAACUUGGGGCCAUUUUUUAAAACCCAGACAGUUCUGAGAAUUUUAAGGCUCUUUUCUAGAAACCUGUUGUUACAGACUUACUGUUCAUUUUCUCCUCUCUCAUCCUCCUCCACAGCUCCAUCAUCAUGGAAAAUGGCUUCUCUUCGCCUCGAAGCGAUGUGUUUCCUGUCGGUCUUCGUGUUCUUGUUGUUGAUGAUGAUCCAACAUGGCUCAAAAUCCUGGAAAAGAUGCUCAAAAAGUGCUCUUAUGAAGUGACUACAUGUUGCCUGGCAAGGGAGGCUCUAAGCCUGCUAAGGGAGAGAAAAGAUGGAUACGACAUCGUAAUCAGCGACGUAAACAUGCCCGACAUGGACGGUUUUAAACUCCUCGAGCAUGUAGGAUUAGAAAUGGACCUACCAGUUAUCAUGAUGUCAGUUGAUGGAGAAACAAGCAGAGUAAUGAAAGGGGUUCAACAUGGGGCUUGUGAUUAUCUUCUAAAGCCAAUACGUAUGAAAGAACUUAGGAAUAUAUGGCAGCAUGUACUUCGAAAGAAGAUUCAAGAGGGAAGAGAUAUUGAAGGCCAUGAUGUUUUUGAAGGCCUUCAAAUCCUUAGAAAUGGAUCAGAUAGGUAUGAUGAUAGCCAGUUCCUUAGAGUAGAGGAGCUCUUUUCAGUGAGGAAAAGAAAAGAUGUUGAUAAGUACGAGGAAAAAGAGUUUGGUGAGACAUGUUCUACAAAGAAAGCCAGAGUUGUUUGGUCGGUUGAUCUGCACCAGAAAUUUGUUGAAGCAGUAAACCAGAUAGGCUUUGACAAAGUUGGCCCUAAGAAGAUUCUUGAUCUGAUGAAUGUCCCAUGGCUAACAAGGGAAAAUGUAGCUAGCCAUUUGCAGAAGUAUCGCCUCUAUUUGAGUCGACUGCAGAAAGAAAAUGAUCCAAAAGCUUGCUUUGUUGUUGGGAUGAAACAGACCGAUUCGAGUUUGAAGGAUGGAGAUGGAAACUUCAGCGUUUGUAGCUCGUUAGUUGUGCCACAAACCGAUGUCACGAAUAGCAGCUUCAGUUUUUCAGGUGAUAACUUUCUUCAGAAUGUGGAUUCCAUAGGCUGUGAAGCUGAUAGGAAAAGGGUUGUUCAAGAGCAAACAUCAGAGCCAAAAAGAGCUGCUGCUACUGAACUGAUAAAGACACGGUGUACCCACAUGAAAUUCAACAACUCGUUUGCCUCUGUUGAAUCUGAAGGCAAGUUAGCAGCAUGUUACCCUUGGGUUGAAGCUCCACAGAUGAAGCUCAAACAAGAAAGCAAGCCACAUCAAGUUCAAAUCAACCAACUACCAUCGGUUUCGUCCAUUAGUUCUGGACGGUCAGCAACAGAGAAAGACAAAGGAAGCUCCAUUGAAAGUAAGGCUCCAUUUUCAGAGGACUGCAGCCAACAGAUGGUCCAUCUAAACCCACCAAAAGCUACAACUGAUUCAUUUUCUGGCAAGGCUAAGAGUUUCGAUGAGAUCAAUGACCAUUUUGAGCCUAUUUCAACUGCUACAGCUCCAUUGGGCGUGAAAAACCAGAAUGUGAUCGAUCUUAGCAGCAUUUCAACUGAUUUAGGAAGUGGGUUUCCUUUUUCAAGCUUUGAUGAAGAUUUGCAGGGCUAUUUGAUUCAAGAUGGUUGUUACCCAAAGAACCUUGAACAGAUUAUAGAGUUUCCAGAUUAUGGUGAUCCAGGCAUCUUCACUGAAGGUCCGACUCACCUUUAUGAUGCAAUGAGGUUUGGCUAUGAGUAUUCCUAUGACCCAACUGAGUAUCCAGUGAUAGAUGAAGGCCUAUUCAUCGCAUGAUUAUGCUAUUUACAUACCCUUGCAUGCAGGGGAAAAUGAUAUCUUUUCUAAUAAGUGAGUUCCUUAACUUAAUGGAUUGAAUAUUACCUUCCCAAACUAUUGGGAUUUGGAUUUUUAUAUGGGUAUAUAGAAGUAGCAACCAAAAACCUUUCCAGAGCCAAA